CCACAGAAAAUCCCACCACCACCCCAGAAAAGCCCACCACAACCACAGAAAAGCCCACCACCACUACAGAAAGGCCCACCACAACUGCUGCAACAACAGAAAAGCCCACCACAACCGAAGAAAUCCCCACCACCACUACAGAAAACCCCACCACAACUUCUGCAACCACAGAAAUCCCCACCACCACCACAGAAAAGCCCACCACAACGACAGAAAAUCCCACCACAACAACAGAAAAGCCCACCACCACUACAGAAAAGGCCACCACCACCACAGAAAAGCCCACCACAACACCCGUUGACUGCCAUGUUUGUAAAUGGACGGAUUGGAAAAACAAUCACUACCCUGGUGAAGACGGUGAUGAUCGCGAAUCCAUUGAAAAGAUUACUGAUCCAGAUCUGAGGGUUUGUAGUAAACCUCUGGAAAUAGAAUGCAGAGCGACGCAAUACCCGGAUACGCCUUUGAAAGACCUGGAUAAUAAUGUAACAUGCAGCCCGAGCGAUGGACUAAUCUGUCUCGGCAAAAAACAACCCAUACCUCAUAGAUGCAAUGACUAUGAAAUACGAUUGAGAUGUUGCAUCAAUAUGUGUGAAACAACCACAACUCCAUCCUUUACAACGACAAUAUCUACUACAACCACAGAAAUCCCCACCACAACCACAGAAAUCCCCACCACAACCACAGAAAAGCCCACCACCACCACAGAAAAGCCCACCACCACCACCACAGAAGUCCCCACCACCACCACAGAAAGGCCCACCACAACUGCUGCAACCACAGAAAAUCCCACCACCACCACAGAAAUCCCCACCACCACCACAGAAAAGCCCACCACAACGACAGAAAAUCCCACCACAACCACAGAAAAGCCCACCACAACACCCGUUGACUGCCAUGUUUGUAAAUGGACGGAUUGGAAAAACAAUCACUACCCUGGUGAAGACGGUGAUGAUCGCGAAUCCAUUGAAAAGAUUACUGAUCCAGAUCUGAGCGUUUGUAGUAAACCUCUGGAAAUAGAAUGCAGAGCGACGCAAUACCCGGAUACGCCUUUGAAAGACCUGGAUAAUAAUGUAACAUGCAGCCCGAGCGAUGGACUAAUCUGUCUCGGCAAAAAACAACCCAUACCUCAUAGAUGCAAUGACUAUGAAAUACGAUUGAGAUGUUGCAUCAAUAUGUGUGAAACAACCACAACUCCAUCCUUUACAACGACAAUAUCUACUACAACCACAGAAAUCCCCACCACAACCACAGAAAAGCCCACCACCACCACAGAAAAGCCCACCACCACCACCACAGAAGUCCCCACCACCACCACAGAAAGGCCCACCACAACUGCUGCAACCACAGAAAAUCCCACCACAACCGAAGAAAUCCCCACCACAACCCCAGAAAUCCCCACCACCACCACAGAAAAGCCCACCACCACAGAAAAGCCCACCACAACUUCUACAACCACAGAAAAGGGUCCAACUACUGGUGCAACAACAUUCCAAAUCAAAGAGACAACGACGAUGAUCACAGAAAAUACUACGGCUGCAACCCCUGAAGUUGUAAUACAUACUGUGUCUACAAAACAACCACCAACACAACAUCAACAAGAAAUCACCACACCAACUCCUCAUUCUUCAACAACAGAAGGAACAACUUUAUGUUUCUGCAAGUACAUAAAUAAAACAUUUUCUCCAGGAAGCUUCAUGUACAAUCAGACUGAUGGAGAAGGCUGGUGUUUCACUGCAUACUGCAAUUUGAGUUGCAAUGUUGAGAAGCAUGCUAGACCAUGUCAUCAGACCACGACACCAACUCGUAUCAGCACCACAACUGCCUAUACACCUACACCUACACCUACAGUCACAUCCUGUUCGUAUCUGCAGCCACCUCGAGAGGAUGGUGAGUCCUGGAAUUCAAGCAUCUGCACCACAGAAACAUGUGAUAAAGGAAGAGUAAUAACAUCACAUGUGCCAUGUGAACCGGUGACCAUGCCCGUAUGUGAUAAUGGGUAUCCACCUGUUAGGGUUUAUGAUGAAAAAGGCUGCUGUUUCCACUAUGAAUGCAGAUGUAUUUGCAGUGGCUGGGGAGAUCCUCAUUAUAUGACAUUUGACGGCCAGUAUUACAGCUUCCAGAAAAACUGUACAUACGUCCUCUUCAAAGAGAUCAUUCUCAAACACGGUUUAAAAAUUCAUAUCGUCAACGAGAACUGUAAUCCUGCUGGAACUGUGACCUGCGUUAAGUCCUUGAUUGUAUUUUACAAAAACUAUGAAAUAACUCUUACACAGCAGAGAAACCCAACUGCAAAUAAGGUGUCCAUCAACGGCAAGCAGGUAAUCCCGACCUACUCUAAUGAUGACUUCAUCAUAACAAGUACAGCAAUUGAGCUGCUAUUGAGAAUUCCGAAAAUUGAAGCCGUGGUGAUGUUCAAAGGGCUUGUGUACAGCAUCGAUUUGCCGUUUUCCCUUUUCCACAACAACACAGAGGGACAGUGUGGUACCUGUGACAAUAACAAGACAAAUGACUGCCGAUUACCAAAUGGCCAGAUUCAGCCCUGUUCUCAGAUGGGUUGGUGGCGUGUAGUGGAAAACAGUACAUCACAUUGUGAGAACCCAUCUCCUUCACCGGCGCCAGAAUUACUCUGCAAACCUGCUAUCUGCGAAAUUCUGAUGAGCAAGGUGUUUGAGGAAUGCCACAAAGUUAUCGCCCCAAAAGCAUUUUACGAGAGCUGCAAAUUUGAUGUUUGCCACAAUGCCACCGAUGGUUGUUCCAGUAUGGAGGUGUAUGCCAUGAUGUGUGCUGAAUUGUCUGUCUGUGUACCUUGGAGAAAUGCUACAAAUGGGAAGUGUGAACACAAAUGUUCAGGAAAUAAGGUCUACAAGCCUUGUGGGCCAAAGGUUGUUCCAACUUGCAAUGCAAGAUACAAUGAGAAGAAUUCACGAUAUUGCCAGCAACGAAUUGGCACAAAUAAUGAAGGCUGUGAUGGCAUCGUAGAGGGAUGUUUCUGCCCAGAGGGAUUGACCCUGUUCAGCUCCAAUUCUGACCUCUGCGUCUCCGCCUGUUGCACUGGACCGGAUGGCCAACCUAAACAGCUGGGUGAGGCUUGGCAGAGUGACUGCAAGCAGUGUACCUGUGAUAACAACACUCUGAGCGUUCAGUGUGAGCCUGUCACAUGUGCCCCUCAAAAGCCAAUAACAUGCACUGAGGAGGGUGAGGUGUUGGUGAAACGCAUGGUGGGCUGCUGUGAGAGACUGACCUGUGAAUGCGAUAGGAGCAGCUGUUCGUUGCAAAAACAGUGCGAACUGGGCUUCGAGUUGAAGAUCCACAUGUCCAAUGACACCUGCUGCCCAUUUUACAGCUGCGUACCCAAAGGCGUCUGUGUCUUCAAUAAGACUGAGUACAAGCCAGGUAUGGAUUUCUCCAAAAGUCCAUGUGAAUCAUGCAGCUGUACUGAAACUCGGGAUCCCACAAGCCAGUUGAACACAUUUGAGUGUCAUGUGAUGGCAUGUGACCCAUUGUGUCCAGAGGGCCAUGUGUAUGAAAAACGACCUGGACAAUGUUGUGGAGUAUGUGAACAAACAAGCUGUGUUGUGCACGUCCCAGGAUUCUCUACUAUAAUUAUUCAACCUUUUCAGUCUUGGUCCCCACCAAAUGAUAACUGUACAACGUAUGAUUGCCAGAAGGUGAAGAAUGAGUUCAUAACCUCUAAAAGGCAAACAGCAUGUCCUGUAUUUGACCCAGACAACUGCAUUCCUGGAACUGAACAAAGUAGCAUCAACGGUUGCUGCAAAACUUGUACUCCAAAAACCAACUGUCAAAUUAUCAGGAACACCACAUAUCUGCAGACACACGAAUGCACGUCAGUCGUUCCAGUGGAAAUGACCGCCUGUGCAGGACCUUGUGGGGACUCCUCAUCAAAGUACUCUGCGGAGAAAGCGCGUUUGAUGCAUUCAUGCUCAUGCUGUCGGGAAAUGAUCACCAGUAAGAAGGAGGUAGAGAUGACCUGCAAUGAUGGACGAAAGAUAAAGCACUCCUACAUUUCAGUUGAGAGUUGUGGUUGCCAAGCAGCUGACUGUCGGGACAUGAUAGACUAAUUGCGAGACAACUUUCAAAACUAAUCUUAACUAAAGUGGAAAAUUAACUACCAUACUCAUAUAAACAAUUUCUCUACAAAAACUAUUAGACAGCAGGACUCAGUAUGUUAAGACACACACAUCAGUGUAUUCAGCUGCGCCACCUUUUAAACAGAAGAGUUGUUGCGGUCUGAAAUUUUCUAAACCUCAUACUGAUCGUAUAGUGUCGUGUGAUAACAGCACAUAUUUCUGUCCUGGUCUGUCAUUUAGCUUUUGAAGAGGACUCAACAAUGUGGUGUUUUUAAUCUUAACGGGUGUUUCUCUUAAUUUUACUUUAAUUGGUGUGAGAAAUAAAAGACAUACUAAUGGAUUCUGAUCUUACAGUACAUUCCAGCCAUAUUCUGCUCUGGGCACGGGUUUGUUUGUGUUAAUAGGUGAAAGAUUUAAAAGAUGGAGUUUAAUUUUAAAUGAUUGUUGGUCAUUAUUUCAAGCAGCACUGUUAACAUAAAUUAACUCACUACCCAUUGAAUAUACACUGUAAAUACAAGAGUGUUAGGAAUAUCGAGGCAAUCGUUGUCCUGCAUUUUAUGUAUCACACUCCUGGAAAUAUGUCUCUAUUAAAAUCUAUGGUUUACUUGCAA